GAAAUGAAGGUGAACGGUGGAUUCCCACUUUGGAUUAAAAGCGACAGCGAUCUCAAUGAAUAUUAUAACAACAUGGGUGGAGACACAACCUCAGGCGGACCCAACAUAUCAGUACCUGGGCAAUUUUAUUCUGCUUCCCGAGGUCUACACUAGAAGCCCAUUUUUACGAACCGACGUCAGUCCAUCGUUGAAUUUUGGAGCCCUUGGAUCUAUAAUUGGCCGUUACAUUAUCCGCGGUUUCAGCGGCUACGGCUCGUUGUACAACUCCAAGGGAGAGGUGGACGACUGGUGGAGCCCCUCAACACGGAGAAAUUAUCGGCAGGAGACUCGCUGCUUCAGCAGCCAGAUCCAGUGGUUCACCAACCCUUUUACAGGAGAGGAAAUCAAUGGCUCCAUUCAUGAAGAUACACUGGUUUCUGACAAUGCAGCGCUAAAAUCGGCAUAUAAGGCCUACAGGGUUUACAUGACCAAGUACGAAGAAUUAUACAAGACCAUAAUCAUCGAAGGCCUCGAUUGGUACACUCAAGACCAAAUAUUUUUUAUAUCAUACGCUAUGAACUUUCCCCUUUACGUAGUCCUGCGCGUGCCAGGCCACACAGGGAGUGCCGGUAAGGAGUUGGCCCAUCAACUUGCCUGCGAGACUCUUAUCCAAGCACCGGUGGUCCCAUGGCCUUUCCCGCUCAUGGCGGACGAGGCACACUUUUACAAAACGACCCUGAAACAACACUACGCACAACUCCGAACCUCAGUGCAGACACUGCCGACACCACACCCCCAGCUAUAG